AUGCUAAAAUCGGAGGCACGUAACGAUUUAGAGGAUGCUUACGAAGGCGGAACUCCUUUUUUAGUGGAAGAUCACAAAACAGACCCUACUCAUGUCUCUUGGGCAAAUGCGAUGCCUGGGAAGCAGGGUUUAUACGACCCUGAGUACGAAAAAGAUGCAUGUGGUGUUGGGUUUGUCGCCAAUAUUAAUGGGUCUGCAUCUCAUAAAAUCGUAUCAGAUGCCAAGUAUUUGCUAUGCAACAUGACGCACCGUGGUGCCGUUUCUACAGACGGUAACGGUGACGGUGCUGGUAUUCUUGUAGGCAUACCCCAUGAGUUCAUGCAGAGAGAAUUCAAGAUGGAUCUUGGGGUGGAAGUCCCUCCCAAACACCAGUACGCUGUUGGUAAUGUGUUUUUCAAGAAGGGAGAAGAUGAAAUCAGUUUGCGUGAGUCUAAAGGAACUUUUGAAAAUAUUGCGGAAUCUUUAGGACUAAAGGUGCUAGGAUGGAGAGGGGUACCUCAUGAUUCAUCUAUUCUAGGAUCUGUUGCUCUCUCGCGUGAGCCGAUCGUUCUACAGCCAUUAGUUGUGUUCCGUGAGCUCUAUGAAGCGGCUCCGGUAUCUGAUGAGGAGUUUACAGAAAAAUACGAGGUUAAAUUCCGCACGCAACUUUACAUUUUGAGAAAGCAGACUUCCGCUGCCAUUGGUCUACAGAACGGUUUUUAUGUCUGUUCGUUGAACAAUAGAACCAUUGUUUACAAGGGCCAGUUGACUCCAGCUCAAGUGUACAAUUACUAUCAUGACUUAACGAAUGCCCAUUUCAAAUCGCACUUAGCAUUGGUACACUCACGUUUCUCCACUAACACUUUCCCAUCUUGGGAUCGUGCACAGCCAUUGCGUUGGAUUGCCCACAAUGGUGAGAUCAACACAUUGCGUGGUAAUAAGAACUGGAUGCGUGCGAAGGAAGGUGUGAUGGCCUCAGAAGUUUUCCAAGAUCAACUAGAGAAGUUAUACCCAAUUAUUGAGGAGGGUGGCUCCGACUCUGCUGCGAUGGACAACGUCUUGGAGUUGUUGGUUAUUAACGGAAUUCUUUCUUUGCCGGAAGCUAUGUGUUUAAUGGUUCCUGAGGCAUACCACAAGGAUAUGGACUCUCAUUUAAAAGCCUGGUUUGAUUGGGCUGCGUGCUUAAUGGAACCAUGGGAUGGUCCUGCUCUUUUAACCUUCACUGAUGGUCGUUAUACCGGUGCAACUUUGGAUCGUAAUGGUUUGAGACCUUGCAGAUAUUACAUCACUGCGGAUGGCCGUGUGAUUUGUGGAUCUGAGGUUGGUGUUAUCCCAGUCGACAACAAGUUGAUUGUCUCUAAGGGUAAGCUAAAACCAGGUGACAUGUUAUUGGUCGACACCAUGCUAGGUGAGAUGAUUGACACUAAGGUCUUGAAGAACAACUUCUCAAAGAGAAAGGAUUUUAAAUCUUGGUUGUCUAAAGUUAUUAAACUAGACGAUUUGUUGAAUAAGACCAAAAAUAUUAUCCCUAAGGACUUUAUCUCCAACUCUUCAUCUUUUAAGGUUCAGCAAGAUCCUAGACUUUUGGCAUUAGGCUACACUUAUGAACAGGUUUCACUAUUGCUUGUUCCAAUGGCUUUGACAGGUAAGGAAGCUUUAGGCUCUAUGGGUAACGAUGCCCCAUUGGCAUGUUUGAAUGAAGACCCUGUACUAGUGUAUGAAUACUUUAGGCAAUUGUUCGCUCAAGUUACUAAUCCACCAAUUGACCCAAUCCGUGAAGCUAACGUCAUGUCUUUGGAAUGUUUCGUCGGUCCUCAAGGUAAUCUUUUGGAAAUGCAUCCUUCACAAUGUGAUAGGUUACUACUAAAGUCUCCAAUUCUAAAGUGGAACGAGUUCGAAGCAUUGAAGAACAUCGAGAAGGUCCACCCUACCUGGUCUUGUGCCAACAUUGACAUUACUUUUCCAAGAUCUGCAGGUUUACUUGGCUACACUGAUACGAUAGAGCGCAUUACCAAAGAAGCCUCAGAAGCGAUCGAUCAGGGUAAAAACAUAUUGAUACUUUCCGAUAGGAAGUUGGAUGCAAAGAAUGUUACAAUUUCAUCUUUGAUCGCUGUUGGUGCUAUCCACCAUCAUUUGAUUAGAAAUAAACAGCGUUCUCACGUUGCUAUCAUUCUAGAGACCGGUGAAGCCCGUGAGGUUCAUCAAUUCUGUGUUCUAUUAGGAUAUGGUUGCGAUGGUAUCUUCCCAUAUUUGGCUAUGGAAACGUUGGUUAGAAUGAACAGAGAAGGUUUAGUGCGCAAUGCAAAUGAUGAUAAUGCCCCAAUAGAUGAUGAUACUUUGAUCGAGAAUUAUAAGCAUGCAUUGGAUGGUGGUAUUCUAAAGGUUAUGUCUAAAAUGGGUAUUUCCACUUUAGCAUCAUACAAAGGUGCUCAAAUUUUUGAAGCUCUAGGUGUCGAUAACUCUGUUAUUGAUAUGUGUUUUGCAGGUACCGCAUCGAGAAUUAAAGGUGUUACAUUUGAGUAUUUGGCACAAGAUGCGUUUUCUUUACACGAACGUGGUUUCCCAUCCAGAGAAAUUGUUCAAAAAUCUGCCAACUUACCAGAAGCUGGUGAGUAUCACUGGAGAGAUGGUGGAUACAAGCAUGUGAAUGACCCCAGUGCGAUUGCUUCUCUACAGGACUCAGUUAGAAACAAGAAUGAGGACGCUUGGGAACUUUACGUCAAGAAGGAAAUGGAGGCUAUCAGAGACUGUACUUUAAGAGGAUUGUUAGAAUUGGACUACGAAUCUUCCACGGCUAUUCCUCUUGAGCAAGUUGAACCUUGGACCGAAAUAGCCAGAAGGUUUGCUACUGGUGCGAUGUCAUAUGGUUCCAUUUCGAUGGAAGCACAUUCAACAUUGGCAAUUGCAAUGAACAGAUUGGGAGCAAAAUCUAACUGUGGUGAAGGUGGUGAAGAUGCUCAACGUUCAAUUGUACAUGCAAAUGGUGAUACUAUGAGAUCUGCUAUUAAGCAAGUUGCAUCCGCCAGAUUUGGUGUUACCUCACACUAUUUAUCUGAUGCUGACGAAAUCCAAAUUAAAGUUGCUCAAGGAGCUAAACCUGGUGAAGGUGGUGAAUUACCUGCCCACAAGGUCUCAGUUGAUAUUGCAAAAACCAGACAUUCAACACCAUAUGUUGGUUUAAUUUCUCCCCCUCCUCACCACGAUAUUUAUUCUAUAGAAGAUUUGAAGCAAUUAAUUUACGACUUGAAGUGUGCUAAUCCACGUGCCGGUAUCUCUGUGAAAUUAGUUUCUGAAGUCGGGGUGGGUAUUGUGGCUUCUGGUGUCGCAAAAGCUAAGGCUGACCAUAUUUUAGUGUCUGGUCAUGAUGGUGGUACAGGUGCUGCUAGAUGGACGUCUGUUAAAUAUGCGGGUUUGCCAUGGGAGUUAGGUUUGGCUGAAACCCAUCAAACUCUAGUUUUAAACGACUUAAGAAGAAAUGUGGUUGUUCAAACUGAUGGUCAAUUAAGAACAGGUUUUGAUAUUGCCGUGGCUAUUUUAUUAGGUGCUGAGUCGUUCACUUUAGCUACCAUUCCGUUGAUUGCAAUGGGAUGUGUGAUGUUGAGAAAGUGUCAUUUGAACGCUUGUGCUGUCGGUAUUGCCACUCAAGAUCCAUACUUAAGAUCUAAAUUCAAGGGACAGCCUGAACAUGUGAUUAACUUCUUUUACUACUUGAUUCAGGACUUGAGGAAGAUUAUGGCGAAACUAGGUUACCGUACCGUUGAUGAAAUGGUUGGCCACUCGGAAAAGUUGAGAAAAAGAGACGAUGUAACAACUAAGGCGUUGAAUAUCGAUCUAUCUCCUAUUUUGACUCCUGCCCACCUCAUUCGUCCAGGUGUACCAACAAGUUUCUGUAGAAAGCAGGACCUCAGAUUGCACACUCGUUUGGAUAACAAGUUGAUCGAUGAAGCAGAAAUUACCUUAGAUAAAGGUCUGCCAGUUACCAUUGACGCAGCUAUCAUUAAUACCGAUCGUGCGCUAGGAUCUACCUUGUCAUACAGAGUUUCAAAGAGAUUUGGUGAAAAUGGUUUACCACAAGACACUAUAGUUGUUAACAUUGAGGGUUCUGCUGGGCAAUCAUUUGGGGCCUUUUUAGCAUCCGGAAUCACCUUUAUUUUGGAUGGUGACGCUAAUGACUACGUUGGAAAAGGUUUAUCAGGUGGUAAGAUUGUCAUCAGACCUCCUGAAGAUUCCAAAUUUAAGUCAGACGAGAACGUUAUCAUUGGUAAUACAUGUUUCUAUGGUGCUACAUCUGGUCGUGCGUUUAUUGCUGGUAGUGUUGGUGAACGUUUUGCUGUGCGUAACUCUGGUGCUACCCUUGUCGUAGAAAGAAUAAAAGGUAACAAUGCAUUUGAAUAUAUGACUGGUGGUAGAGCAGUUGUUUUAUCCCAAAUGGAGUCCUUAAACGCGUUUUCAGGUGCUACAGGUGGUAUCGCUUACUGUUUAACUUCAGACUAUGAUGACUUUAUUGGUAAGAUCAACUUAGAAACUAUUGAGUUGCAAAGCUUGAGCGAUCCUGUAGAAGUUGCUUUUGUGAAGAAUUUGAUCCAAGAUCAUUAUAACUACACAAAAUCCGAACUAGCUUCCAGAAUACUACGGCACUUCAACCACUAUCUGAAAUAUUUUGUUAAGGUCAUCCCAACUGACUACAAGAAGGUUUUGGAUAAGGAGGCAGCCGAAAGUUCUAAGGCCAAAGAACGCUCUACUGCCGAGUUCCUGAAAAAAUUCAAUGGCAUCAAAGAUACAUCUGCGGAUGCAACCAAUGGAGAACUUCAAGAACUUGCAACUGCCAAGAAGCAAAAGAUUAACUCCAAAACAAUUUCAAUUAACAGUAUUAUUAAGGAGCCAAAGGUCAUCGAUUUGGAGGAUUCUGUUCAAAGUAAGGAACAGAUCGAAAGCCAAGCUGAAAAGUUGGAUAGAGUUAAGGGCUUUAUGAAGUACAAGCUAAGUCAUGACGAAUACAGAAAGGUUUCGACCAGAGUGCGUGAUUGGAAGGAACUUUCGGGGCCUAUAAGCAAGAAAACUGCAAAGGUCCAAACUGCAAGAUGCAUGGACUGUGGUGUUCCAUUCUGUACUUCCGAUACAGGAUGUCCGAUUUCUAACGUCAUUCCAAAGUUUAACGAAUUAGUUUUCAAGAACCAAUGGAAGUUGGCAUUAGAUAAGUUAUUGGAAACUAAUAAUUUCCCUGAGUUUACCGGUAGAGUAUGUCCCGCUCCAUGCCAAGGUGCUUGUACUCUAGGAAUCAUUGAUGAUGCUGUUGGUAUUAAAUCAGUGGAAAGAAUUAUUAUUGACAAUGCUUUUAAGGAAGGAUGGAUUACUCCAUGUCCACCAGAAGUCAGAACUCAACGUACAGUUGCCAUCAUUGGUUCUGGUCCAGCUGGUUUAGCAUGUGCUGACCAAUUAAAUCGCUCAGGUCACUCAGUAACUGUCUAUGAAAGGGCUGAUCGUUUUGGUGGUUUGUUAAUGUACGGUAUUCCAAACAUGAAGCUAGAUAAGUCCAUCGUCCAAAGACGUAUAGAUUUAUUGGAAGCUGAAGGUAUUGAAUUCGUUCCUAACACGGAGAUCGGAAAAGACAUUACCGUCGAAGAGUUAAAGAAAAACUUUGAUGCGGUUGUGUUUGCAAUUGGUUCCACGGUACCAAGGGACUUGAGAAUUCCAGGUAGAGAAUUGAAGAACAUUGAUUUUGCGAUGACUUUAUUGAGCAAAAAUACCAAGGCCUUAUUGGAAAAGGAUCUUGAAACCGUCAGGAAGGAAAUCGAAGGUAAGAAGGUUAUUGUCAUUGGUGGUGGUGACACUGGUAAUGACUGUUUGGGUACCUCAGUUAGACAUGGUGCCGCUAGUGUUUUGAACUUUGAAUUGCUUCCUCAACCUCCUAACGAGCGUGCCAAGGACAACCCAUGGCCGCAAUGGCCUCGUAUAAUGAGAGUUGACUAUGGUCAUGCUGAAGUAAAAGAACGUUAUGGAAGAGACCCUAGAGAAUUCUGCAUCCUUUCCAAGGAGUUUAUAGGUAACGAAAACGGUGAAGUCACUGCAAUUAAAACUGUUAGGGUCGAAUGGAAAAAAUCUCAAUCCGGUGUAUGGCAGAUGGUUGAAAUACCGGGCUCGGAGAAAACCUUCGAGGCAGACAUUGUAUUGUUAUCGAUGGGUUUCGUUGGUCCAGAAUUGAUGUGCGAUCCUUCUCUAAAGAAAACAAAAAGAGGAAAUAUUGCUACUAUUUCUGAAUCCUCUUACUGUGUUGAUGGUGGUAAGGUCUUUGCUGCCGGUGACUGUAGAAGAGGUCAAUCUUUGAUUGUCUGGGCCAUCCAAGAGGGAAGAAAGUGUGCAACCGCUGUCGACGUGUUUUUAAUUGGUUCUAGUAACCUACCUGGCAAUGGUGGUAUUGUCAAACGUGAUUACAGGUUAUUAGAAGAGUUAGCGUCCGCUUUUUAA